GUUCUCCCUAUCUCAUUUUUGAGCCAAUGUCUUCUAAAAAGUUCUUUACGAGCAUGCACUAAUAUGUCUUUUUUUUUCAUUCUUAGGAGUCUUGUAUGGAAUCAGUCCAAGUCCUUUCUUUCUUCGAGCACACAUCUAUCGAUCUCUCUAGCUUUCUCUAUUUGCAAACACAAACAUUAUAUUAAAACAAGGCAUAGGAAAUAAUGAGACAAAAUUGGUGGUUAUGGUUUAAUAAUGGGUUGUUGCACAUCUUAGUGAGUUCACAAUUGCGAACGUGAAGGAACAUUCCCGUCAAUUUCGACUUACCACAAAACAAGAGCUAAGUGAAGAAGACGCCGAAGAAGGAAGUUGAAAAUUUAAGGCGCGUGCGAUUCAUUGUUUCUUUGACCCCUUCUCUUCAAUUUUAUAGUUCCCACCUAACUUUUCUUUUUCUAUCUUCUUCUUCACCCCUCCUCUUCUUCCCACACCAAAAAUGGAUAAUUCCACUCAAGAAUCCCAUCUCCGAUCCGAUAACAACUCCGUCACCUAUGAUUCUCCUCAUCCUCUUUACGCCAUGGCUUUCUCUUCAAACCCCAAUCCCCAACACCACCAACGAAUCGCCGUCGGUAGCUUCAUCGAAGAAUACACUAACCGCGUCGAUAUCCUCUCUUUCAACCCCGAUACUCUCUCCAUUAAACCUCAACCUUCACUUUCAUUCGAUCACCCUUAUCCACCUACCAAACUCAUGUUCCACCCCGCAACCCAUUCCUCCCUCCAGAAAACAUCCUCCGACCUCCUCGCCACCUCCGGCGACUAUCUCCGUCUCUGGGAAGUUCGUGAGAAUUCCGUCGAGGCUCUUUCUCUCUUCAACAACAGCAAAACCAGUGAGUUUUGUGCUCCGUUAACCUCCUUCGACUGGAACGAAAUUGAGCCGAAACGCAUCGGAACUUCCAGUAUCGACACUACUUGUACUAUCUGGGACAUUGAAAGAGGGGUUGUUGAAACUCAGCUUAUUGCACACGAUAAAGAGGUUUACGAUAUCGCUUGGGGGGAAUCCAGAGUUUUCGCUUCUGUUUCUGCUGAUGGGUCUGUUAGGAUCUUUGAUCUAAGAGACAAAGAGCAUUCUACAAUUAUCUAUGAGAGUCCUCAACCAGAUACUCCUUUGCUUCGUUUGGCUUGGAACAAGAAGGAUUUGAGAUACAUGGCAACUAUUUUGAUGGAUAGUAAUAAAGUUGUCAUUUUGGAUAUUCGAUCACCAACCACGCCUGUCGCGGAAUUGGAGAGGCAUCGUGCUGGUGUUAAUGCGAUUGCUUGGGCUCCAAGAAGCUCUAAGCAUAUUUGUUCUGCUGGAGAUGAUACGCAGGCUCUUAUGUGGGAGUUACCUACGGUGGCUGGUCCAAAUGGAAUUGAUCCAAUGUCUAUGUAUUCUUCUGGUUAUGAGAUUAAUCAGCUUCAGUGGUCUGCUGCUCAGCCGGAUUGGAUUGCAAUUGCUUUUGCAAACAAGAUGCAGCUUUUGAGGGUUUGAAUUUCAGGUCAGGGAAUAGUUUACUUGUAGUUUUGGAAAACCAAAUUACUCAUUGCAGUGUUGUGAGUUGUGACUGAUAUGUAUUGAGUAGUCUAGUUUAACUUGGUCAUGCAUUAAUUAGAGACGACUCGAUGAUUCUUAUGCUUGCCUUAUACUUUAGUACUGUCUAAUGUAUGCAAUGGCUUCUUUUGGUGGCCUUAAACUACCACUGUCUCCCAUAUGUAAGAGUUAUAGUCGGGGCAUACUAGUUUACCUUCAUGUUUUACUUAUAGCUAAAAUUGAUGUUGCAUUUGCUUGUUGAAUUGAAGAUGGAAUUUACCAGUUUAAUAUUGUA